UAAUAAUGAACCCAAAGAGUCCAAUAUGACGAUGAUGGAAAAAUUAGAAUAUGAGGAACGCAUGUUGAUGAUUGCAGAACAUAAAGAAAAAUUAAGGGAGUUACAAAUUGCUAAUUCUAUUAAAGAGCGCGAAUAUGGUCUUGAAAAAUAA